AUGAGUGCAAACACCGGCGAACCACAGUUCUUCCACUACCCGGAGAUCCGCCAGGGACCGUCCGCGCCGUACCAGAACGAAGACCAGUCCAUUCCUGUUUUUCGCGGCACUCCUUUGGCUAUUGGCGCUGCCCUAAUCCAUUCCGUGGGGUUUAUCCAGAGCUACUUUUGGCGCAAUGCCGGCUUUGACGUCGUUCGCGAAGUCCCGCAACUCCAGCAGUAUUCCGCCCGCUACGACCCUACCGUCAUUCCGAUUCAUGAUUCCAAGAAUUCGCCUCGCUCCGAUCUUCCCGUGCCGACGGAGAGACGCAAAGGGUCUUUGGGCUAUUAUACCUCCGCCGAUUACCAUGCCCUCUUCAAGUCGGGGGAAUUGACCCCGAUCGCGGUCGCCGAGGCACUUCUUCCUUUGAUCCGCCGGGACGCAAAGCCCCCCGGCAAGCAUUCAGUCGCGUUCUUAGAAUCCCAGAUAGAGAAAGUCCGUGCCGCUGCAGAGGCUUCCACCAAAAGAUACAAGGAGGGCAAGCCCCUGGGUCCCUUGGACGGUGUUCCCGUGGCGAUCAAAGACGAAGUACAUAUCGACGGAUACCGUCGGACGCUCGGGACCAAGUUGGACUUCAAAGGCAAUUUCGAAGGUACCUCCUGGUGCGUGAAGAAAUGGGAAGAGGCCGGUGCUAUUGUCGUCGGCAAGACCACCAUGCACGAACUUGGUCUGGACACUAACAACAACAACCCCAAUUACGGUACUCCGAGAAACCCUAGCAACCGCAACUAUUACUGCGGAGGCUCUUCCGGAGGCUCCGGCUACGCCGUGGGUGCGGGCCUGGUGCCCAUCGCCCUAGGCGCAGACGGAGGUGGCUCGAUUCGUAUCCCGUCAUCCUUCUGCGGAGUCUGGGGUCUCAAACCGUCGCACGGGCGAGUGAGCGGUAGCCCGACUGUGUCGCUUGCGUCGACCGUCGGUGUCUACGGACCGAUUGCCGCCAGCAUCGACGAUCUGGCUCUCGCCUACCGUAUCAUGGCCGCUCCCGCCCCGGUCGAUGAGGAUCCCAUGUCGGCGGCCUUCCCAGACCCGCUCACCAGCAUCUCCUCAUCCGAAGUCCGGCCCAAGAACAAGACCAUCGGCAUCGUCCGCGAGUGGAUCGACCGCGCCGAGCCCUCGGUCCGCGCCGUCUUCGACUCCUCCCUCGACUUCUACCGCAAGCAGGGCUACAAGGUCAUCGACAUCAACAUCCCCUACCUCCCCGAAGGCCAGCGCGCCCACGUCCUCACCAUCAUGACCGAAAUCGCCUCGGGCCUCUCCCCCCACCAAAUCAGCAACCUGACCGCCCCCAACAAGGUCCUCGUGUCCAUGGGUAUGUGGCAGAUCGCAGGCCAGGACUUCCUCGCCGCCCAGCGUCUCCGCAACCUCCUCAUGUCCCACCUCGCCCACCUCUUCCAAUCCCACCCGGGCCUCCUCAUCCUCUCCCCAACCACCCCUAUCCCCGGCUGGAAGAUCGGCGGCGACGCAGACCUCUCGCGCGGCCUGUCCGACGGCAAAUCCUCCGUCCGCAACAUGGAGUACGUCUGGCUGGCCAACUUCACCGGCUGCCCCGCCAUCAACAUCCCGGCCGGCUACGCCCAGGACGGCAACCGCGUGCCCAUCGGCGUCAUGGCCAUGGGAGAAUGGGGCACCGAGGAAGACCUCAUCGCCUUUGCCCGUGAUGGCGAAGCUAUCCUCGAUCUUCCCGAGAACCAACCCUCUGCUGCAGCCAAAACCGAUGAACAGUCCUCUGGUCUGAAGAUCCCGCAAGGCGAGGGCUCCCUGUGGGAAGACAUCAUCGGAACAGCCACAGCCACAGCCCCUGAAAGUUCAACUUAG